CUGCAUUUGAAACUGGAAGGAGAGCGGUCAGUGUAAAUAGGGUUAGCUUCUGGAAACAGUGAGGCGGAGAGAUUUUGUUUUGAUAAACAUUGGGGUGCCCAAUUUUCUGCACCGGUGCUUAUGUGAGUCAGACUCCCCAUGCAAACAUUUAGAUUACAGGAGUCUGUAAAGGUAGCUUUGCUGGCUGGGGCGGGUUCCUUGCUCCUUUGCUUUCCACCCGACUUGUGAAUCUGUCACUCUGAGAUAGGGAGCCGCUUCCUGCAUCAGUGAUGACCACCGGAUCUUGAGAUGACUUGUUCUCCUGCAUUUUAUUAAUGUAAACAAUUAGCCUUUUUUUUAUUAUUGGGAAGCCAAGAGUCGCCAUAGUAACCAGGUUUGCCAGCUGACUGCUUGCAGUUCAGCCUCAAUAAAGGUGUCACCUGACAUGACUCCGGUUGUCAAUAUGUAAUUAAUAUAAUUUCUCUUAGCUAUUAAUGCUUGUUGGCAGUAAUCUUAGCCACCGUAUUUGCAGCAGUGUACAUUUCAAGGGUCUUCCUGGUGGGGUGCAAAUGGGUGGUUUGUUUUCAUUUUGCCAUGAACCCCAGGGGCUGGGAGGUCAUCAGGGAGAGCUGUGCGUAUCUGCCGGCUGCAGGGAGUCUGUGGCCAUUUCCAUUUUACACUGUGUUUGUAUGAGGCUGUUAAAUGGAAUGGUUUACUCAUGAAGCAGGUGCAUUCAAACCUGGUGAAGUUUUAUCAGCAUGCUUAACAAGUGCUUGUGUCGCGUCCCAGUCUAGAGUGGGAGUGAGACCGCUGCUUCGUUUGUCACAGUAAUUUUAAAAGUAUGGGAAAACAGCUUCAGGAGGCCAAAAUUGCAGAAACGCCGCUAACGAGGAAGCGUGCUUCUUUUUACGACCCAAAUGAACGAUGAAACAAAAAACAUCCGCGACUGACCGAAAACGGUACAAGAUAGCGCCACGCUCCCUACUCUCUCCGCUGCUCAUAGUUGAAACAAUAUUUAGAGAUAUGUACAAAGUGGGUCCCUCGUCUAAGGGUGUAACAGAAGGCCUGUAAGUUUGAUUCCCAGGGUUAAAAAUUUACGCUGUUCCUGUGUGUUCAGGUUCCUGUACUCCUAAGGAUGUGUAUUGCAGAAGCAUCACUCCCUGCUUCAGUGAGAGUUCUCCUGAAUUUCUCCUGCCUCAAGCAUAUUCACGUUACUUAACUUCCCCAUUCUGUUUGGAAAUUAGCAGCGUUUGUGGCCUCGACCUCGUGUGAGCUUCUGCAUGAACCUGUUCGUCUGGGAUGUGUCUCAUGGCUUGGCAGCACUGCUCCAUGUCGCGUCUGGCCUGGAGCGACAUCCGAGAGCGCAUUACUUUGAAGAAAAGAAAAGAUCUUCUGGAAACAAAACACUCUGAGCUAUGAAUGUCUAUGAGCCUGUGGUCCAAGUAUCGACAUCAGGAACGACAUCAGCGAGUUCAAGCGCCUGGAGAACUGCACAGUGGUGGAGGGAUACCUGCAGAUCCUGCUCAUCGGCGACAAGGGCAGCAACGCCAACCAGGAGGUCUUCAGCACCCUCAGCUUCCCCAAGCUCACCAUGGUGACUGACUAUCUGCUGCUGUUCCGCGUCUCGGGCCUGGACAGCCUGAGCACGCUCUUCCCCAACCUGGCCGUCAUCCGCGGCCGCAACCUCUUUUACAACUACGCCCUGGUGGUCUUUGAGAUGACCAGCCUGAAGGACAUCGGCCUGUACAGUCUGAGGAACAUCACGAGAGGAGCCAUCCGCAUCGAGAAGAACCCAGAGCUCUGCUACCUCGACUCGGUGGACUGGUCCCUCAUCAUGGAUGCAGAGUUCAACAACUUCAUCGCUGGGAACAAGCAGUCCAAGGAGUGUGGGAAUGUCUGCCCCGGCAUCAUGGAGGACAACCCUCAGUGCAUCAAGACCAGCUUCAACGAGAACUACAAUUACCGCUGCUGGACCUCCAACCACUGCCAGAAAGUGUGCCCAGACAGGUGUGAGCGGCGUGCAUGCACCCCCAUGGGCGAGUGCUGCCACCCGCAGUGCCUGGGCAGCUGCACGGUGCCCGACAGUGACACGUCCUGCGCCGCCUGCCUGCACUACUUCCACGAGGACCGCUGCGUUCCCGACUGCCCCGCCGGCACCUACAGGUUCGAGGGCUGGCGCUGCAUCAGCAUGGAGAUGUGCACCCAGGUGCACCUGCACAACGAGUUUGACGCCUUCGUCAUCCAUGGUGGCGAGUGCGUGCCCGACUGCCCCGUGGGCUUCACGCGCAACGGCAGCGACAGUGUGUUCUGCACCCCCUGCCACGGGCUCUGCGAUAAGGUCUGUGAUGGGAAGGUCAUCGAUUCCGUGGAUUCCGCCCAGCUGCUCAAGGACUGCACACUCAUUAAGGGCAACCUUCACAUCAACAUCCGCCGGGGAAACAACAUCGCGUCGGAGCUGGAGAGUUUCAUGGGACGGAUCCAGACGGUGACGGGCAGCGUGAGGAUCCGACACUCGCACACGCUGAGCUCCCUGUCCUUCUUCAAGAGCCUGCGCUAUAUCAACGGCGAGGACUUGGUUGACGGACUGUAUUCCUUCUCGGCGCUGGAUAACCAGAACCUGCAGUACCUGUGGGACUGGUCCCAGCACAACCUGACCAUCAAAGCGGGGAGGCUCUCCUUCCGCUUCAACCCCAAGCUGUGCAUGUCGGAGAUCCGCAAGAUGUGGGACAAGGCGGGUAUCGGGGAGAAGUUCCAGGAGGACGACUUCCGCAAUAACGGCGACAGGGCCAGCUGCGAGAGCUACAUCCUGAAGUUCACGUCCAACAGCACCACCAGCAGCCGCAUCAAACUGACGUGGGAGCGGUACCGGCCGCCGGACUAUCGGGACCUCAUCAGCUUCAUCGUGUACUACAAGGAAGCGCCCUUGCAGGACAUCACAGAGUUCGACGGUCAGGAUGGAUGCGGGUCCAACAGCUGGAACAUGGUGGACGUGGAGCUGCCUCAUGAUAAGGACGUGGACCCAGGGGUCAUGCUGUCAUCGCUAAAGCCGUGGACACAGUACGCCAUUCUUGUGAAAGCGGUCACCUUGGUUGUCGACGACCGGCACGUUCUGGGAGCCAAGAGCGAGGUGGUCUACAUCCGCACCAAGCCGUCCGAGCCUUCCAUGCCUCUGGAUGUCCGCUCCUACUCCAACUCCUCCUCAAAGCUGCUGGUGAAGUGGUCCCCUCCCAUCUCCCCCAACGGGAACCACACCUAUUACUUGGUCCGCUGGCAGCAGCAACCCGAAGACCGGGAGCUCUAUGUGCACAACUACUGCUCUAAAGAGUUGAAGGUCCCCAUCAGGAUAUCUGCCACGGGAGUGGUCGACAUGGAGAAUGACACCAAGCCCACCAAAUCGGAUCCGGGGGGUGGGGACAAGGGCCCGUGUUGCCUGUGCCCCAAAACCGUGGAGGACCUAAAGGCUGAGGCAGAGGACGCCUCGUACAGGAAGGUCUUUGAAAACUUCCUGCACAACUCCAUUUUCACCCCCAGGCCACCUGACCGGCGGCGGAGGGAGCUGUUCGGCACUGCCAAUGGCACAGUGACCCACGCGGCCAGCGAGAACGCCACGGGUGUGGGGGCGGGACUGAAUGGCACGUGGGCAGACCUGGCAGAGCAGGAGUACGAUUUCCAUGAAAAGGUGGUUAAUGACCGCAAGUGGAUGGAGAUUUCCGGCCUGCAGGCCUUCACCGUCUACCGGAUCGACGUGCACGCCUGCAACCGUGAGGUCAAGCACUGCAGUGCCGCUGCCUUCGUCUUCGCCAGGACCAAGCCAGAGGACAAAGCGGACGACAUCCCAGGCCCUGUGAGCUGGGAGGGGGGCGAGGGGGGCGCAGACAGCGUCGUCCUAAAGUGGCCCCAUCCCUCGAAGCCCAACGGGCUCAUCCUGAUGUACGAGAUCAAGUUCCGCCUGGGGCAGGAGACGGAGAAGCAUGAGUGUGUGUCCCAGCAGCACUUCAGGGGCCACAGGGGGACGCGAGUGAGUAACCUGGGCCCGGGGAAUUACUCGGCCCGUGUGCGUGCCACCUCGCUUGCCGGCAACGGCUCCUGGACCGAGCCCGUGUUCUUCUACGUGUCCCAUCAGAACCAGUACGAGAACGUCUUCUACCUGAUGGUCACCAUUCCUGUCAUCGUGCUGAUCAUGACUGUCAGCCUGGUGGUGGUGUUGGUGCUGGUGAACAAGAAGAGGAACAGCGAACGGCUGGGGAACGGCGUCCUCUACGCAUCCGUCAACCCCGAAUACUUCAGUGCAGCCGAGAUGUACGUGCCUGAUGAGUGGGAGGUGCCACGUGAGAAGAUCUCCAUGUGCCGGGAGCUGGGCCAAGGCUCCUUUGGAAUGGUGUACGAGGGCGUGGCCAAGGGCGUGGUCAAGGAUGAGCCGGAGACACGGGUUGCCAUCAAGACUGUGAAUGAGUCUGCCAGCAUGCGUGAGCGCAUCGAGUUCCUCAACGAGGCAUCUGUCAUGAAGGAGUUCAACUGCCACCAUGUGGUGCGUCUUCUGGGCGUGGUGUCGCAGGGGCAGCCGACCUUAGUGAUAAUGGAGCUGAUGACUCGUGGGGACCUGAAGAGCUACCUGCGGUCUCUUCGUUCCAAAGAGUGUCCUCCACAGAACGCAUCCAGCCAGCCACUGCCCCCCCUAAAGAAGAUGAUGCAGAUGGCAGGGGAGAUCGCGGACGGCAUGGCCUACCUCAAUGCCAACAAGUUUGUGCACAGAGACUUGGCUGCCAGGAACUGCAUGGUGGCUGAAGACUUCACAGUGAAGAUCGGAGACUUCGGCAUGACGAGGGACAUAUACGAGACCGAUUACUACCGCAAGGGGGGCAAGGGGCUGCUGCCCGUGCGCUGGAUGUCCCCCGAGUCCCUCAAGGACGGCGUUUUCACCACCAACUCCGACGUCUGGUCAUUUGGGGUGGUGCUGUGGGAGAUCGCCACCCUAGCGGAGCAGCCCUACCAGGGCAUGUCCAACGAGCAGGUUCUGCGAUUCGUCAUGGAUGGGGGCCUGCUGGACAAACCAGACAACUGUCCCGACAUGCUGUUCGAAUUGAUGCGCAUGUGCUGGCAGUACAACCCCAAGAUGCGGCCCUCCUUCCUGGAGAUCAUCAGCAGCAUCAAGGACGAGCUGGAGCCUCCUUUUCGGGAAGUGAGCUUCUUCUACAGCGAGGAGAACAAACCCCCUGACUCAGAGGGGCUGGACCUGGAGCUGGAGGUCAUGGAGAAUGUACUGCUGGACCCCACAUCCUCAGGCCGGCCCACCACCACCAGCUCGCCGCCACCUCCGCAGGCCUGCACCGCCGUCCAGGGCCCACAGCCUCAGCCCGCCUCCCUGGCCUCAGUUCCGUCUCCAGGCCCCGGGAACGGACCGGCGCCCGCCUCACCACCCAUGGACAAGAAGGCGGGGCCGGCGGCAGCCAACGGGCCGGUGGUGCUUCUGCGGCCAGAGUUUGACGAGACGCCACCGUACGCCCACAUGAAUGGCGGCCGCAAGAACGAGCGGGCGCUACCCCUGCCACAAUCCUCUGCCUGCUGAUCC